CCCGGCCCCCCGCUUCCUGCAGCCGCUCACAGCCCGGGCCCGGGGCCUCGGGGAGACAUUCCCAGUCCCAGGGCAGACUCCCCCAUUCCCAAUCCCAGUCCCAGGCCAGAUUCUCCCAGUCCCAGGGUCAGGGCAGAUUCCGUCUUUCCCAAUCCAGGAACCAAAGCCGAGAGUCCCAUUCCCAGUGCGGGAGCUGGGGGUCUGUACUUGGGAGCCAGUGCCGACAGUGUGGACCCUGACGUGUUGGAGGAGAGGCAGCGAUGUUCCUCUGGGAAACGGAAGAUCUCCCUGUCAGGGUGUGAAACAUGUGGCGGUGCAGAGGCAAAAUACAGGUGUCCUCGUUGUCUGGCCUAUUCUUGCAGCUUACCCUGUGUGAAGAAACACAAAGCUGCGAAUGGCUGCAACGGAGUGCGGGAUAAAACAGCCUUUACACCCCUCAGUCACUUCACCGAGAUGCACCUCCUCAGCGAUUACAGGUUUCUGGAGGACACUGGGAGAUUGACAGACAUCGCAAAUCGUGACCACACUGUUCACCGGCCGAGCACCAACAGAUUUCUAAACAUUAUGAAAAACAAAGCUCUGAAACAUAACAUCAACCUGAAGCUUUUACCCAUUGGGUUUACAAAAAGAAGAGAGAAUUCAACGUAUUUCAAUAAGAAGGAGCAGAUGUUUUAUUGGCAUGUGAAGCUGCAAUUUCCUCACAGUCACACUGAGUACACAGAGAAGAGGGUGCCGAGCAUCAAGACCUUGCAAGAGGUACUGAGAAAGUACGUUGACCCGGUAGAGGCUGACCCAGUCAUCAGACAGAAGCUGAAGGUUUAUACGAUGGUUUCUCUCAGUGAAUUAAGAAUCUUGAUGAAGGUGGAGAAUCGGAAACAUAACUCUGUCCGAUAUUAUGAGCUGAAUUCAACUCAAAGUCUUAUUGAAAACCUGAGCCACAAAACGGUUAUUGAGUAUCCUACAUUACACGUAGUUUUGAAAAUGAAUUCUCCAGAAUACAGGUUACUCAGUGAUGUGGAUUCCAAUGAAGAUGCCCAGAACAGUACAGACCCCUCCUCCGAGAGUUCACUGGAGGAAGGAGAGAUCAAAGACAACUCCGAAACAAAUCUCACUCUGAAUUCACGUUGUGAUCGUGAGGACCUUCCUGUUUGAGUAAGACUGUUGCUUGGUGUCACUUUCAGUACUUAUUGAUCCCAGAGUUGUAUUUGUACUUUAACUAAUUUCUUAAUUAAAUUUGUUAACUAUU